ACGUCUUACGUAAUGAAGAUACAACGCGCCCCUCCUCCUACGGGGAAGAUGGAACGAGGCGGGGAUGGACCACAAGAUUUUUGGUAUAAAAAUCAUCGGCUUAAGUACCGGUCAUCACACCAUCCUGUGUUCUCUAAAAGCAAACAUGAAGGUCCUGAUCCUGCUCGCUAUCGCCACCGCGGCUCUCGCCAGCCUGGAACCAGCCGGUUAUCGUCCCCCAGGGUCAUCUCCGUCUUCGAGGUACUUACCGGCCUCACAAAAUUCCAUAAGUUCGCCGUCCAACCAGUACUUGCCGGCCAACCGGUACACCGGCGCUUCCACGAUUCAGACACCGUCCAACCAAUACUUACCCGCGAAUCGCUACCAGACUCCGACUUCUCUGGAAACACCGUCGAACCAGUACCUCCCAGCUAACAAGUACAGCUCCUUCCAAGUUUCCCAGACUCAGGAGGCCCCGGUUAACCAGUACCUACCACCUUCGGGCAACCGGUACACCUCGGCAAACGUACACCGGGAAACACCGUCGAACCGCUACCUACCAGCGUCUGCCAACAGAGAAAUCGACGCCAGCUCCGCUCGCCAAUGGAUCGCCAAUCGCGCCGACGUCGGAUCAUCCCCGAGAUACACCGGCGCCAUAUCGAACCAGUAUCUCCCAGCCGCUUUCGAAGCCCAGCAAAAAGUAGCGCAACCCUCGAACAUCUAUCUGCCAGCUUCCGGUCGCUACUCCGCUCCCAGCCAUUCCGCUUCUACUUCUUCUUCUUCUUCGAGGUAUACGGGGGGUAGCGUCGCCGCACCUUCCAACCAAUACCUUCCCGCCAAUCGGUACGCCUCAUCCGAUAACGGAUACGGAUACCAGUCCGCCGAGGAUUCCGUACCCGCGAAGUACGAUUUCGAGUACGAGGUCAAGGACGAAUCCUCCGGUAACGAUUUUGGCCACAAGGAGAGCAGAGACGGCGACAACACCCAGGGCGUUUAUACCGUUGUCCUGCCCGACGGUCGUAAACAGAUAGUGGAGUAUCAGGCCGACCAGGAGGGAUACAAGCCGAGGAUUUCUUACGAGGAAUCGAAACAGGGAUACAACAACAACGCUUACAAUCGUCAGGGUGGAUACGCCCAUGGUUAUCCCCAGGGACCUUAUUAAGCGGAAUCGAGUUUUCGUACAACGUAGAAACAUGUGCCAGUAUGCCGACAACGACGACCUAGCGUUUUAUAGUAUCAUUUAAAGUAUCGAUUAACCUAUAGUUUCCUGUACAUUAUCCGUCAUAAUCACUGCGGUAUAUUCGAUUGAUACACGGUGAUUAUAACAAUCAUUACUGAUGUGUAAAUUAUUUUUAUAUUAAAAGAAAAAUAAACGAAUUUCAAUUGAUAAUAA